UUUCUCAGUUCUUCGCUCUAAGCUGAGAGCCUGAGCUGCAAUCAUUUUAUUUUCUCUGUCCACCAGACUCUCGUCGGGAUCUGUAAAGGGGAUUAUUAGGUUUAUUCAGAUGGGAUUAAUCCUGAUAGAGAAACUUGGAUGAGAGUGCUGUGACAAAGCUGAUUCUCAUUUUGUAUUCCGAGAGUUCUUACAAGGCACAGAAGCGAUCACAAUAAGGGUGUGAUGAAUAGCACUUCUGCAUCCAGCAGCAUCAAGACAGCCUUCUCGUAUUGUGUACAACAAGUACGGAGCUAUGAUUACCACCAGUACCUUUGUCUCCUCCAUCUCCCGCCUGACAUGCGAAAGGCCGCAUUCGCCCUCCGGGCUUUUAAUGUGGAGACAGCUAGAGCCAUGGAUGUUGCUUCUGAUCCCAGAAUUGGCCUUAUGCGUCUCCUCUGGUGGCAGGAAGCCAUAGACAAGAUCUUUGCUCACAAGGUCAUUGAGCACCCAACAGCUCAGGCCCUCUCCCAUGUAAUCUCUGAGCAGAAAAUCAGCAAGGGUUGGCUUAAACGGUCUAUUGAAGCUCGGAUCAAUGAUGCAAGAAGGGAAGAGAAUGACAUCCCAGAGACAAUCGGAGAGUUGGAGAAAUAUGCAGAGGACACAGCGUCCAUUAUGCUUUACUUGACACUACAAGCUGGUGGUAUCAGCUCUACUGCAGCAGAUCAUGCUGCCUCACAUAUUGGGAAAGCAAGUGGCCUUCUAUUGCUGCUUAAGUCACUGCCUUAUCAUGCUAGUCGUAACCACCAUAUUUCUUAUAUACCAGCUGAUGUAGCAUCUAACCACGGGUUAUUAGUUAAGUAUGGAAAUCAAUCCGAAAUUCAGAUGGACAACCGUGAGGGGUUGUCAGAUGCAGUUUUUGAGAUGGCAUCAGUAGCUAAUGACCAUCUCCAGAAGGCUCGUGAAUUAGCUGGGACUGUACCUACCAAGGCUCUUCCAGUGCUUCUGCCAGCUGUGCCUGCACAGGUUCUGUUGGACUCACUACGUCGUGCACACUUUGAUGUGUUUGAUCCACGGUUAGCUCGGGGAGUUCUGGGGAUCUCUCCAUUAUGGUUCCAAUUGAAGUUGAAGUGGCAUGCAUGGAGAGGGAAGUACUGAAUCCUAUUCAUCCCCCCCCCCCCUCCCUUUUUCCCCUCCUCAAAUUUUCAUAGGAUGAGGACUAAAACCAGCUGGAGUGUGGCUAGGUAUUUGAGUUUUAUUUCUUGACGUUACAAUAAAAAAGCACAAUAUAAAGGUGCUUGGUCUCACAUUUAAUCUUUUCCCCCCUUCAUUUAUUUGUUUGCCCUGUUUGGUGUCUUCUCUACUUCAAUAUUUUCUUCAUUUGUAUUUUGUA